GCGCGGCGAGCGGGGCGCUCUGUCCCCGGUCUCCGGGCUCCCCGGAGACCCCCCGGGAGCCGCGGGGCUCCGGCCGCCGCCCGCCCGGCUCCCCGCGGCCAUGAGCCGCGUCCCGGCCCCGAGGCAGCCGCCGGGGCGGGCGCGGUGCCGCAGCCCCGUCAGGCGUCCGGUGCCGCUGUCCGGGCAGGGCAAGGACAAGGAGAGGAUGAAGGAGGGCAAGGAGAAGGACGCGCGCUACACCAACGGGCACCUCUUCACCACCAUCUCCGUGUCCGGCAUGACCAUGUGCUUCGCCUGCAACAAGAGCAUCACGGCCAAGGAAGCGCUGGUGUGCCCCACCUGCAACGUCACCAUCCACAACCGCUGCAAGGACACGCUGCCCAACUGCACCAAGGUGAAGCAGAAGCAGCAGAAGGCGGCGCUGCUGCUUCCCUUCCCUUCCCUUCCCUUCCCUUCCCUUCCCAACAAGAAUGCCAUCCGGGAGCGCCCCAACUCUGCCAUCUACCCCUCGGAGAGCUUCCGGCAGACGCUGCUGGGGCCCCGCCGCGGCCGCCCCUCCUUGUCCCUCUCCAAGAGCGUCUCCACCACCAACAUCUCGGGGACGUUCAACGAUGACUCCCCCCUGGGCAUCCGGCGGAUCCUGUCCCAGUCCACGGAUUCCCUCAACGUGCGCAACCGCACGCUCUCGGUGGAGUCGCUGAUCGACGAAGGCCCGGACGUCAUCCUGAGCCAGCUGCUGAGCGACCUGGAGGCGGACGGGAAGGAGUUCGAGGCGGAUUCCUGGAGCCUGGCGGUGGAUAACAGCUUCCUGCAGCAGCACCGCAUGGACGUCAUGAAGCGGCAGGACGUCAUCUACGGGCUGUGUCCCUGUCCCCGGGGUGCUCUCCCUGUCCCCGGGCUGCGCAAAGCCUACGCCGAGUUCUGCAGCAAGCACACCAAGGCGCUCAAGGAGUACAAGGACCUGCUGGCCCGGGACAAGCGCUUCCAGCAGUUCAUCCGGAGGGUGACACGAUCCCCCCUCCUCCGCCGCCACGGCGUCCCCGAGUGCAUCCUGCUGGUGACGCAGCGCAUCACCAAGUACCCGGUGCUCAUCGAGCGCAUCCUCAAGAAUUCCAAAGACAACGAAGGGGACUGCGCGGACCUGUCGCGGGCGCUGCGGCUGGUGAAGGAGCUGCUCUCGGCCGUGGACGAGGAGGUUCACGCGUGGGAGCUCCGCGGGCGCCUCUGGGACGUUUUCCGGCGCGUGGAUCCCCGCGCCAAGGUGCCGCUGCUCUGGGACAGCCGGCCCGGAGCCUUCGGGAGGGACGAGCUGCUCCGCAGGAAGCUGGUGCACAGCGGGGGGAUGCUCUGGAAAACGGCGGCCGGGCGCUUCAAAGAGCGGAUGGAGCAGCACGACCGUCAGAUCGCGGCGCUGCUGGAGGACAAGGUCGGCAUCUUUGCCGACAUGCUGGCGCUGGGCAGCGGCUGCUCCGAGCCCCCCCAGGCCCCCCGCGGGACCCCCUUCCCUGGGGAGCCCGGCCGGGCACCCCGCGGGGACGUGCUGCUGCACGACGCCAUCCGGGAAGUGGAGUGCCUGAAGGAGAUUUUCACGGGAUGCACCCGGGAUCGGGAUCAGAACCACAACAACCGCCCCGAGGCCGAGAGCUGCCCCAGCCCCAGCGCCAGCAACGGCGACUCCGGCAGCAUCAACGGCUCCUUGGAAUUCCGGGUGGAUCCAGAGGCUGGGCAGCGGGACGGGAAUGGGAACCAAGUCCCGCCGAGGGGAUCCCAGGAGCUGAGCCACGGCAGCCUCCCCCCCGCCGGCCUCCCGUACCACGCCCCCGCCGUCCCCACCGGGGACGAGCUGGGGUUCCUGGUCACCGAGCCCGAACGGCUGCGCGAGGGUGAGGACACCCUGGACGUGCUCCUGGAGGGCGAGGGGGGCUUGGGGAGCCGCCACUCCCCCCCCGCCAGCCCCCGAGAUUUCCUGAGGAUGCAGGAUAUUCCCGAGGAGGUGGAGAACAGCCAGGAGCUGAAGGAGGGCGACGGGGACAGUUAGGGACCCCCGCAGCCCCCCCGGCACCCCGCGAUUCCCCCCAGGACACGCCGGGGGCCGGAUCCAGCUGUGGGGAGCCGGAUCCAGCUGUGGGGAGCCGGAUCCAGCUGUGGGGAGCAUUGGGAAAAGCGGGAUGGGGACGCUGCUAUUCCCACGGGAGCCUCAUGGGAACGGGCGGGGGGUCGGGUCGCCCCCUCCCCUACUCCAGCCCGGGGGAGGAGCAGGGGUGACAUCGUGUCCCUCGUCUUCCCGCUGGGAUUUAUUUAUUUAUUUGGAUGUUUUGGGGUGUGGGAGGUGGCCCCCGGGCGAGGGAACUUCCAGCUCCUGGGGCAGCGGUGACAGUGACCCCCCUCCCCGAUAUCGGGGGGCUGCCCAAGGGUGGGGCGGGGAGGGACGGGGUCCCCGCGGAAUAACUGUAAAAACAAAGGGCAAAAGAAACGAAAAAUAUUAAAAAAAA